AUGUUCAGAGUCUUCCAGCUCGUUAAGAGCUCACGCGCUUUUCGAGUAGGUCGUCAUACCGCACUCUGCAAGUCGCAAGUUCAGCGACCACUCCACCGCCAAUAUGCCACUGUCGGACCAGUGGCAACGGCUCAGAGGCCGCAGAUUCAGUUGAGAUCAUAUCAAGAAGAAUGCAUCGCAGCAGUUCUGAAACACCUUAAACUUGGUCAAAAGCGUCUUGGAAUUUCACUAGCCACUGGAAGCGGCAAAACGGUUAUCUUCAGUCACUUGAUCGAACGAGUUCCCGAGCCGAACAAAGAAGCCACCCAGACAUUGAUCCUUGUUCAUCGUCGAGAGCUCGUGGAACAAGCAGCCCGUCACUGCCAGAACAUCUACCCCGACAAGAUGAUUGAGAUCGAGAUGGGUUCAAGACAUGCUACUGGUGUGGCUGAUAUCACGGUUGCGUCAGUCCAGAGCAUCAUGUCUGGAGAUCGUAUUGCCAAGUUCGACCCCAAUCGCUUCAAGCUGAUACUCGUAGACGAGGCACACCAUAUAGUCGCCACAAGAUAUCUGGAUGUCCUUGAGCACUUUGGCCUCGAUGAGGCGUCUCAGAAAAACCCCAACAACCAAUGCCCUGCGCUGGUUGGCGUUUCUGCGACUUUCUCACGACACGAUGGUCUUAGACUAGGCGCUGCUAUUGACGAGAUCGUGUAUCAUAAGGACUACCUGGACAUGAUUGAGGGUGAAUGGUUGUCAACUGCCUCUUUUACUACAGUACAGUCCGGUGCGGAUCUUAGCAAAGUUAGGUCGCUCGGGAAGCAAGGAGACUUCCAGACUGGUGACCUGUCCAGAGCUGUGAACAAUGACGAGACAAACCAAAUCACGGUCCAAGCAUGGCUUGCACAGGCUCAAGACAGGAAAGCCACGCUCGUUUUCUGCGUAGACCUGGCACACGUUUCGAGCCUGACGGCAAUGUUUCGCCGCUUUGGCGUCGAUGCCCGGUUUAUAACUAGUGAUACGUCGAAGCAAGUUCGGACUGAGCGACUGGAUGCUUUCAAGAAUGGAGAGUUUCCCGUUCUGCUGAAUUGUGGUAUUUUCACAGAAGGCACUGACAUCCCAAAUAUCGACUGUGUACUACUCGCUCGACCUACAAAGUCCCGCAACCUCUUGGUACAAAUGAUUGGUCGAGGUCUGAGACUGCAUCCGGGGAAGAAAGGCUGCCAUGUCAUUGAUAUGGUGGCGUCUUUGGAAACAGGGAUUGUCACAUCACCAACCUUGUUCGGUCUUGAUCCCUCCGAAUUGGUUGAUCAUGCAGAUGUUGCAUCAAUGACUUCAACACGGGAGAAACGCGAAAGAGAAAAGCAACGCGAGUACGAAGUUUCUUCAGCUAUGGGUGCCCUAUCUGCCAUCAACCCUCGAGACAUAAAAGCCUUGGCCAACAGUAUCACCUUUACCCACUACGACUCGGUCAACGAUCUGGUUGAGGAUACCAAAGGUGAUGCCCACAUUAGAAUGAUCAGUCAGUUUGCAUGGGUAAACAUUGACGCUGAUAAGUAUAUCCUGUCGAGUGGUGGUGGAGAUACCUUGAAGAUCCACCACGAUGAUUCUGCGAAAGAACGACCUUGGAUUGUCACUGGUGUUUCUAAGCUACCAGAAGGCUACGCUUCAAAAAGUCCCUAUGCUAGGCCUCGACAAUUGGCGCAGGUACAUGAAUUGAACGAGGCUGUACAUGCCGCCGACAGCUACGCAGCCAAACACUAUCCUUUCAGAAACAUCGCUACCAGAUCACCAUGGCGCAAGUACCCUGCCACGGAAGCACAGCUGGCUAGACUGAACAAGUCGCGCCCUGAAGACUCACAACUUACGCAAGAGAAUAUCACCAAGGGACAAGCGGCAGACAUGAUAACAAAGAUGGUCCAUGGCGCUAAAGGACGGUUUGACAAGCUGAGCCAAGUUCGACGCAAGAUGGAGCAAGAGAAGCAAAAGCAACAGCAACUCCAAGACAAAAUGUCUAGACAUCAGGUUCAGGUUGGUCCUGUGCGAUGA